GUAACUCGUGUAGCUCGUGAAGUCGGCACAGAGGGUCGUCUAGGAGGCCAGGCUGAAGUCAAAGGUGUUGAAGGUACUUGGAAGGAACUGACCGACAACGUCAACACCAUGGCUGCCAACCUUACUGCACAAGUACGUGAUAUUGCCGACGUCAGUAAGGCUGUCGCUCGAGGUGAUCUGUCCAAGAAGAUUUCUGUCGAAGUCAAAGGAGAAAUGAUGGACCUUAAGAACACGAUGAAUAUCAUGGUAGAUCAGCUACAACGGUUCGCCUCUGAGGUCACCCGAGUCAGUCUUGAAGUCGGUACCGAGGGUAAGCUUGGAGGACAGGCUGUUGUUAAGGAUGUCAGCGGUACUUGGAAGGAACUCACAGACAAUGUCAAUACCAUGGCCUCUAACUUGACAACUCAAGUACGAUCCAUCGCUGAGGUUACCACCGCUGUCGCAGCAGGUGACUUGAGUAAGACUAUUGAUGUCGAAGCACAAGGAGAGAUCUCUGAGGUGAAGAUUACUGUUAACUCCAUGGUCGAACAGCUGAGAACAUUCGCUGCCGAGGUAACUCGUGUAGCUCGUGAAGUAGGAACAGAAGGUCGUCUAGGAGGCCAGGCUGAGGUCAAAGGUGUUGAUGGUACCUGGAAGGAGCUGACUGACAACGUCAACACCAUGGCUGCCAAUCUUACUGCACAAGUUCGUGACAUUGCGGACGUUAGUAAAGCUGUUGCUCUCGGCGAUCUUUCCAAGAAGAUUUCAGUCGAGGUCAAGGGUGAGAUGUUGGAUCUUAAGAACACGAUCAACAUCAUGGUGGACCAGCUUCAAGAGUUUGCCACUGAGGUCACCAGAGUCAGUCUUGAGGUCGGUACCGAGGGUAAACUCGGAGGACAGGCUAAGGUUGAAGGUGUUAGUGGCACUUGGAAGAACCUCACAGACAAUGUCAACACCAUGGCUGCCAAUUUGACAACACAAGUACGAUCCAUCGCCAAUGUUACGACUGCUGUCGCAGCAGGAGACCUGAGUAAGACCAUCGAUGUCGAAGCACAAGGAGAGAUCUCUGAGGUGAAGAUUACUGUCAACUCCAUGGUGGAGCAACUUAGGAUGUUCGCUGCCGAGGUCACCCGUGUGGCUCGUGAAGUCGGUACAGAAGGUCGUCUAGGUGGCCAGGCUGAAGUCAAAGGUGUUGAAGGUACCUGGAAGGAGCUGACUGACAACGUCAACACCAUGGCUGCCAACCUUACUGCACAAGUACGUGAUAUUGCCGACGUCAGUAAGGCUGUCGCUCGAGGUGAUCUGUCCAAGAAGAUUUCUGUCGAAGUCAAAGGAGAAAUGAUGGACCUUAAGAACACGAUGAAUAUCAUGGUAGAUCAGCUACAACGGUUCGCCUCUGAGGUCACCCGAGUCAGUCUUGAAGUCGGAACUGAAGGCAAACUUGGAGGACAGGCUGUUGUCAAGGAUGUUAGUGGUACCUGGAAGAACCUCACAGACAAUGUCAACACCAUGGCUGCCAAUUUGACAACUCAAGUACGAUCCAUCGCCGAGGUUACCACCGCUGUCGCAGCUGGAGACCUGAGCAAGACCAUCGAUGUCGAAGCACAAGGAGAGAUCUCCGAAGUUAAGAUUACUGUCAACUCCAUGGUGGAGCAACUUAGGAUGUUCGCUGCCGAGGUCACCCGUGUCGCACGUGAAGUAGGAACAGAAGGUCGUCUAGGAGGCCAGGCUGAGGUCACAGGUGUUGCUGGUACUUGGAGGGAACUGACUGAGAACGUCAACACCAUGGCUGCCAAUCUUACUGCACAAGUUCGUGACAUUGCGGACGUUAGUAAAGCUGUUGCUCUCGGCGAUCUUUCCAAGAAGAUUUCAGUCGAGGUCAAGGGUGAGAUGUUGGAUCUUAAGAACACGAUCAACAUCAUGGUGGACCAGCUACAAGAGUUUGCCACUGAAGUCACCCGAGUCAGUCUUGAGGUCGGCACCGAGGGUAAACUUGGAGGACAGGCUAAGGUCGAAGGUGUUAGCGGCACUUGGAAGAAUCUCACAGACAAUGUCAACACCAUGGCUGCCAAUUUGACAACACAGGUACGAUCCAUCGCUGAGGUUACCACCGCUGUUGCAGCAGGAGACUUGAGUAAGACCAUCGAUGUCGAAGCACAAGGAGAAAUAUCUGAGGUGAAGAUUACUGUCAACUCUAUGGUCGAACAGCUGAGAACAUUCGCUGCCGAGGUAACUCGUGUAGCUCGUGAAGUCGGCACAGAGGGUCGUCUAGGAGGCCAGGCUGAAGUCAAAGGUGUUGAAGGUACCUGGAAGGAGCUGACUGACAACGUCAACACCAUGGCUGCCAAUCUUACAGCACAAGUACGUGAUAUUGCUGAUGUCAGUAAAGCCGUCGCUCGAGGUGAUCUGUCCAAGAAGAUUUCUGUCGAAGUCAAAGGAGAAAUGAUGGAUCUCAAGAACACGAUGAAUAUCAUGGUGGACCAGCUGCAACAGUUCGCCACUGAAGUCACCCGAGUCAGUCUUGAGGUCGGAACUGAAGGCAAACUUGGAGGACAGGCUGUUGUCAAGGAUGUCAGUGGUACCUGGAAGAACCUCACAGACAAUGUCAAUACCAUGGCUGCUAAUUUGACAACUCAAGUACGAUCCAUCGCCAAUGUCACAACCGCUGUGGCAGCAGGUGAUUUGAGUAAGACCAUCGAUGUUGAAGCACAAGGAGAGAUCUCUGAGGUGAAGAAGACUGUCAACUCUAUGGUCGAACAACUGAGGACCUUUGCUGCCGAGGUAACUCGUGUGGCUCGUGAAGUCGGUACAGAAGGUCGUCUAGGAGGUCAGGCUGAAGUCACAGGGGUUGAUGGUACCUGGAAGGAGCUGACUGACAACGUCAACACUAUGGCUGCCAACCUUACAGCACAAGUACGUGAUAUUGCUGAUGUCAGUAAAGCCGUCGCUCGAGGUGAUCUGUCCAAGAAGAUUUCAGUUGAGGUCAAGGGUGAGAUGUUGGAUCUUAAGAACACGAUCAACAUUAUGGUGGACCAGCUGCAACAGUUCGCCACUGAAGUCACCAGAGUCAGUCUUGAAGUCGGUACCGAGGGUAAACUAGGAGGUCAAGCCAUUGUCAAAGGUGUUGAUGGAACUUGGAAAGAACUCACAGAUAAUGUCAACACCAUGGCCUCGAACUUGACAACACAGGUACGAUCCAUCGCUGAAGUUACCACCGCUGUCGCAGCAGGAGACUUAAGCAAGACCAUCGAUGUUGAAGCACAAGGAGAAAUAUCUGAGGUGAAGAUUACUGUCAACUCUAUGGUGGAGCAGCUGAGAACAUUCGCUGCCGAGGUAACUCGUGUGGCUCGUGAAGUCGGUACAGAAGGUCGUCUAGGAGGCCAGGCUGAAGUCACAGGGGUUGAUGGUACCUGGAAGGAGCUGACUGACAACGUCAACACCAUGGCUGCCAACCUUACAGCACAAGUACGUGAUAUUGCUGAUGUCAGUAAAGCCGUCGCUCGAGGUGAUCUGUCCAAGAAGAUUUCAGUCGAGGUCAAGGGUGAGAUGUUGGAUCUUAAGAACACGAUCAACAUCAUGGUGGACCAGCUUCAAGAGUUUGCCACUGAGGUCACCAGAGUCAGUCUAGAGGUCGGAACUGAAGGCAAACUUGGAGGACAGGCUGUUGUUAAGGAUGUUAGCGGUACUUGGAAGAACCUCACAGACAAUGUCAACACCAUGGCUGCCAAUUUGACAACUCAAGUACGAUCCAUCGCCAAUGUCACAACCGCUGUCGCAGCAGGUGAUUUGAGUAAGACUAUCGAUGUCGAAGCACAAGGAGAAAUAUCUGAGGUGAAGAUUACUGUCAACUCUAUGGUGGAGCAGCUGAGAACAUUCGCUGCCGAGGUAACUCGUGUGGCUCGUGAAGUCGGUACAGAAGGUCGUCUAGGAGGCCAGGCUGAGGUUACAGGAGUUGAUGGUACCUGGAAGGAGCUGACUGACAACGUCAACACCAUGGCUGCCAAUCUUACAGCACAAGUACGUGAUAUCGCUGAUGUCAGUAAAGCCGUCGCUCGAGGUGAUCUGUCCAAGAAGAUUUCAGUUGAGGUCAAGGGUGAGAUGUUGGAUCUUAAGAACACGAUCAACAUCAUGGUGGACCAGCUGCAAGAGUUUGCCACCGAGGUUACCAGAGUCAGUCUUGAAGUCGGAACAGAAGGCAAACUUGGAGGUCAAGCCAUUGUCAAAGGUGUUGAUGGAACUUGGAAAGAACUCACAGAUAAUGUCAACACCAUGGCCUCGAACUUGACAACACAGGUACGAUCCAUCGCUGAAGUUACCACCGCUGUCGCAGCAGGAGACUUGAGUAAGACCAUUGAUGUCGAAGCACAAGGAGAGAUCUCUGAGGUGAAGAUUACUGUCAACUCUAUGGUCGAACAGCUGAGAACAUUCGCCGCCGAGGUAACUCGUGUAGCUCGUGAAGUCGGUACAGAAGGUCGUCUAGGAGGUCAGGCUGAAGUCACAGGGGUUGAUGGUACCUGGAAGGAGCUGACUGACAACGUCAACACCAUGGCUGCCAAUCUUACAGCACAAGUACGUGAUAUUGCCGAUGUCAGUAAAGCCGUUGCUCGAGGUGAUCUUUCCAAGAAGAUUUCAGUCGAGGUCAAGGGUGAGAUGUUGGACCUUAAGAACACGAUCAAUAUCAUGGUGGAUCAGCUCUCCAUGUUUGCUAAUGAGGUAACGCGUGUCGCUCGAGAGGUCGGUACCGAAGGCAAAUUGGGCGUGCAAGCACAGGUGGAGGAUGUACGUGGAACAUGGAAGGAAAUCACAUCAAACGUCAAUACAAUGGCUAGCAAUUUGACAGCACAAGUACGUGCAUUUGCCUCCAUUUCGACUGCUGCAACGGAUGGUGAUUUCACUCAGUUUAUCACUGUUGAGGCCUCCGGAGAGAUGGAUUCGCUUAAGACCAAGAUCAAUCAGAUGGUUUACAACCUUCGCGAGAGUAUUCAAAAGAACACCGCUGCUCGUGAAGCCGCUGAGCUUGCCAAUCGAUCCAAAUCCGAGUUCUUGGCAAACAUGUCGCACGAGAUUAGAACCCCCAUGAACGGAAUCAUCGGAAUGACCAGUCUCACUCUGGAAACUGAGCUUACCCGUCAACAACGUGAAAACUUGGUGAUUGUUAGUCACUUGGCCCAUUCACUCCUGACGAUUAUUGAUGAUAUUCUUGAUAUCUCAAAGAUUGAGGCUGGUAAGAUGACAAUUGAGCAAGCUCCAUUCUCGUUGAGAACCCAGGCAUUUGGAGUACUUAAGACUCUGGCCGUGAAAGCUCAUCAGAAGAAACUGGAUUUGAUUUACAAUGUCCAUAACGAUUUCCCUGACCAACUUGUGGGCGAUCCACUUCGCCUUCGCCAAGUCAUCACUAACUUGAUCGGAAAUGCCAUCAAGUUUACAACCGAGGGUAGUGUUGUUCUAGACUGUGUCUGCAAAAACAAAACGGAUGUUGGUGUUGAACUUCAAUUCUGUGUCUCGGAUACGGGAAUUGGAAUUCAAAGUGAUAAGAUCGAAGUCGUCUUUGAUACGUUCUGUCAGGCUGAUGGUUCCACCACACGCAAGUACGGUGGUACUGGGCUCGGUCUCUCUAUCUCCAAGCGUCUGGUGACGUUGAUGGGAGGUGAUCUGUGGGUGAAUAGUAUCUUCGGAAAAGGAUCACAAUUCUUCUUUACAGUGCGGUUUAACACAGGUACCAUGUCUGUGGAUCAGAUCAAUCUCAAGACGAAGCCAUAUGUUGGACGUCAUAUCCUUUAUUUGGGAACGAUGCGCGACGAUGUCAUUUCUAGCUCAGUCGUAAGAACGCUGGAGGAGCUCAAAUUCAAGGCUACGUAUAUGUCAUCACUCGAGCAAGCCCAUACUCUAGUCCAAGCUCCGGGCUCGGGCUCGGGCUCUUCAUCUGAGAAAUCAAUGUUUGAUGUGGUGAUUGUUGACAAUGUAAAGGAUAUCCGCAAGAUCAAGGAGAUCCCCAUGCUUCGAUUCCUGCCCAUUGUGCUGUUGUCCAUGACCACACCCUAUAUCAGCAUGAAGGUCUGCCAGGAAUUGGGCAUUGCCAGCUAUUUUAACCCACCAGUGCAACUACCUGAUCUGAUGAAUGCCUUAUUGCCUGCUUUCGAGUCUGCAUCAGCGUUGCCAUCUGAUGCUGAGCAUGCGAUUCCAUUGCAUAUUUUGCUGGCAGAGGAUAAUGUUGUGAAUCAGAAGCUUGCGGUCCGUAUCUUGGAGAAGUUUGGACACAAAGUGACGAUUGUCUCGAACGGCAAGAUGGCAGUCGAGUUCUACGAUAGCAAGCACUUUGAUUUGAUUUUGAUGGAUGUCCAGAUGCCGAUCAUGGGAGGAUUUGAGGCUACGCAGGAGAUCAGAAAGCUAGAGUUACUCAAAGGCAGGACCGAACACUUGCCCAUUAUCGCCUUGACUGCACACGCUAUGAUUGGUGAUCGAGAGAAGUGUCUUGCUGCUGGCAUGGACGAAUAUAUCACAAAACCACUUCGUGUCAACGAGCUAAUUGCGACAAUUAACAAGUUCCCGCCUAAGAACUGUCCGGAUCUCGCACAACAUGAUCCAUAUUUCGAAUUUCCAAAUCUGCGAUUGAGCUAUAACCCUCAACAAGAUCCCAAGAUUAACUUUUACAACAACAAGAAGUAAUCAUUUCCUUUCCAAAGUACUACUAUUUAGUCAUUUCACUUUGUUACUUUAUUAUUAUUGUUUUGUUUUUAUCCUGCUUUUUUGUCCGCUUUCAUUUUUGUGCCAGUUUAUUUUUUUUGGUUUUUGUCUGCUUAUAUUUAUUUCCUUAUUAUUCUUAUUCAUUCGAUAUUGGCAUUGGCAAUGGCAGUGUGUACUUUUAUUCUUCUGCAAUAUACCAGCACCAAUAGCCAAUAAAUAUUAAAGAAAAUAAAACAUUAGUUAUGAGUGUUA